CUCACCUUAGCAACGCCAUUUUGAAGGAAGUAAACCUUUAAAAAACAUCAUUAAGUCGGUGUGAAAACUGGCCAUAAACAUGGAUUUGCGUUGACUGUAGUUGCUUGUUUGUCAAAAUGGCUAAUAAUCAGCAGUUUGAUAAACGCAUGUUUAAUAUUGAUGGUAGCGAAGGGCAUGAUUCMGGCGCACUAACUCCCGAACAACAACUCCAACUUAACCAGUUCAAGAUUACAACGAGAAUUGAUAAUGAAAAGUAUCUUAGAGAUCACCCUGAAGUAUCCUAUUUACUGGCUGGAUUUCUAGGAAAUGUUUUCAAGCAGAGACCAGAUAAUGUCAGAGAAUUUGCUGCAAAAUAUUUUUCCAAUCCAUCAUUAAAAGAUGAAGUGUCAGUUAAGGUUAUGGAGCUAAAACAGAAAGCUGCAGGAUAAAUUAUCAUUAUUGACCACAACAACUGAUGUAAAUUAUUAUAUUUGUAACAGUAACUUCUGUGCCUAUUUAAAAUAUUAAAAUGUAUAUACAGUSAUAUACAGUAUACUAUACAUAUAUGGUAAUAAUCAUGAUGUUUCUGCUWUGAUGUUUUUAAGUUUGAAAUGUAAUGAUCAUAUUUUUAGUUUCGUGUUUCACUAUCGUAACAUUUUUGACAAUUGAUAUUGUCAACAGCUUGCACAGAUAAAGUWGCAGUGUACAUGGCAGGCAAUAAUACUAGAGUUGUAUACACUCAAAGUUGGAAUAUAAAUGAUUCAUUUUUGAUUGCAUAUAAUAACUAGAGUUUCAUAAAAGUUACCAAACAUUAAAUUAUCUCGGCUAUUUCUCCCACUGGUCUGUGGCAA